CAUCUCUCCAUUUCCCACCUCCCACUCCCACUCUGACCAUGUUUCUGCGCCCGCUGAUGCUGGCGCUGCUCCUCCUCCUGCUUGGAGAGGCGUUCGCCGCGUCCAACUACUACUCCUUGCUGGGCGUGAAGAAGGAUGCGAGCGAGUCGGACAUCAAGCGUGCAUACAGAAAACUCUCCAAGAAGCUGCACCCAGAUGUCAACCCCGACGAGAGCGCGCACGACAAGUUCAUCGAGGUGUCGAAGGCGUAUGAGGUGUUGUCUGAAGCCGAGACACGCCAGAUCUACGACCGCGGGGGCGAGGCCGCGCUGAAGCGGCACGAGGAGCGCAAGGCGGCGGCGCAGCACGACCCGUUCGCGCAGUUCUUUGGCGGCGGCCGCAACGAGCCGCCACGAGGGCCAAGCGUCCAGCUCAACCUUGAGGUGUCGCUUGCGGACAUGUACGCGGGGCGAACAGUCGAGUUCAACAUGCCCCGGCGGUUCAUUUGCAACAAGUGCAACGGGAGCGGCGCGAACUCGCCUGCGGACGUGCACCGCUGCGGCACAUGUAACGGGCAGGGUGUGGUGGUGCAGAAGCACCAGGUGUUCCCGGGCAUGUUCACGAAUGUGCAGAUGACAUGCCCGCACUGUAACGGCAAGGGCGAGCAGAUCACGAAGCACUGCAGCGAGUGCGGCGGCGCGCGUACCGUCGAGCGGGAGCACACGCUGGCGGUCCACAUCCCCGCCGGCGCGCCAGAAGGGUACGAGGAGCGGUUCCGGGGCGAGGCGGACGAGAGCCCGGACUACGAGCCGGGGGACGUGGUCGUGCGCGUGCGCAGCAAGCCGCAGUCGAACCAGGGAUGGACGCGCAAAGAGUCGGGCUUGGUGGGCCGGAUCACGCUGAGCGUCGUGGAGGCGCUGCUGGGCUUCGAGCGCAACCUCACGAGCUUGGACGGGCGGACGAUCCCCGUGGGCCGCGCGGGCACGACGCAGCCGGGCGAGGUCGAGGUCAUCGAGGGCGAGGGCAUGCCUGCGUUCCACGACAUUCCGCAGGGCGACAUGUACAUCGAGUACAGCGUGGUGAUGCCGACGGUGGUGACGGACGGGACGCGGAAGAAAUUGACGGAGGCGUUUGGCGGGAGCGCACGGCGCGACGAGCUGUAGCAAUGUAUGCAUCUAUGAUUGG